UAGUUACACAAACUCACAAUGGGAACUUAUACUUUUGUCUCGGUCUUUUCAGUCAUGGUUUUUAUUUUGAGUUUAGAAGUUGAUGGAAAACAAAGCAUAUCGAAAGAAGAAGACUUAGAAUUAGAAAGACAACUGAAUUUACUUAACAAACCUCCUAUCAAGACAAUUUAUUCGUCAUGGGGUGAUAUCUACGAUUGUGUCGACUUUUACAAACAACCUGCAUUUGAUCAUCCUUUGCUCAAAUACCAUAAAAGCCAUAAACUUCAGAUGCCAUCAAAUUCGGAGUUGAAAGGUGAUAGGAACACAUCCAUUUUUCGAGCUAACGUACAGAAAUGUCCGCAAGGAACUGUGCCCAUACGAAGGACACGAAAAGAAGAUUUAAUCAGAGCCAAAUAUUUGUCAUUAUCAACUGAUCCCAUAUCUAAACCGAUGGAUGCCUCUGCACAAGAAAAGUUUGCAGGAAUUUUAUAUAAAAAUGAAGGCGAAACAUUAUUUGGAGCUAGUGCAAAGAUGAGCAUUUGGAAACCAAAUGUGGGCGUGGACCAAUAUAGCUUAGCUGAAAUUUCUCUAAGAUCGGGUUGGGAUAGUCAAUACAAUAGAAUACAUGUUGGAUGGACGGUGAAUUCCUUAUUGUACGGCAAUGAUACUGCGGUGCGAAAUUUUUUAUACUGGACUUCUGACAAUGGAAACCAAACGGGCUGCUUUAAUACUCUUUGUCCUGGUUUUGUUCAAGUUAGUCCAGAGAUUACUCCUGACCAUCCUUUCAACAUCACAUCUGUUUAUGGUGGCAUGGUCUAUGAAUUGAAAUACCAUGUAUAUCUGAGUCCAUCGGAUAAGAAAUGGUGGUUUGUAAUUGGAAACGCAACAAUUGGAUAUUGGCCGGCAGAAAUUUUACCUCGGUUUGGUGAUAUUGGUGUCGAACGUAUAUACUGGGGAGGACAUUCCUUUGACAAUGGAAUGACAUUUGUUCCUGAAAUGGGAAGUGGUCAUUUACCUGACGAAAUUUUUACUCAUGCUGCCUCAUUUACACAAAUCCAAUACGAUAAUGCGUCUGGUACCCUUUUAGAUGUUAGCGAUAAACACCUGACAGACAUUAUCAGUUGUAAGAAAAAUUAUGGAAUGGAUUCUUAUGGUUAUCUAGAGGAACAAGAUCGACGGCAUACCAUACAAUAUGGAGGACCUGGCGGAGUGUGUUAGUUACUUGUGUGUUGUGCUUGUAAGGUGCUUGUUCUAACUUUCUAUCAUGCGAAUAAACUGAAUCUCUUGGCUCUUGCCAUA